CACACCACACCACUGCCCCCCCCAAAAAAAAAGAUUUUGGCAAGUUUCAUUUGAGGGGUUGCUAUGGUGUUGCAAGACUGAAGCCUUAGAAGAGGAAAAUGAGGAGGGAAAUGGGUUUAUUGCUUCAUCAUCUUCUUCUUCUUCUUCUUUCUCUUUUAGUAGCUCCUGCUCUUUCUCUUAAUGAAGAGGCUUUCGUUGGUGUAAACAUUGGCACUGACGUCUCAGACAUGCCCAGUCCAGCUAAAGUGGUGGCCCUCCUCAAAGCACAGCAGAUUCGGCAUGUCAGGCUAUUUGAUGCCGACCAAGCUAUGCUACUUGCACUUGCUAAUACUGGAAUCCACGUCACUGUUUCUGUACCAAAUGAUCAGCUCUUAGGAAUUGGUCAGUCCAACUCCACUGCUGCCAAUUGGGUUUCUCGGAAUAUUCUCACUCAUUUUCCAGCCACCAACAUCACAGCCAUAGCCAUUGGCUCUGAAGUCCUUACCAGUCUUCCUAAUGCUGCUCCAGUCUUAGUCUCCGCCAUGAGAUUUAUUCACUCCGCCCUUGUUGCUGCUAAUCUUGACUCCAAAAUAAAAGUCUCCACUCCGCACUCUUCUUCCAUUGUCCUUGACUCAUUUCCGCCCUCACAAGCUUUCUUCAAUCGCUCGUUGGACCCUGUCAUGGUUCCAUUGCUCAAAUUUUUGCAGUCCACCGGAUCCUAUCUUAUGCUCAAUGUAUAUCCAUAUUAUGAUUAUAUGAAAUCCAAUGGUGUGAUCCCAUUGGACUAUGCUCUCUUUCGUCCCCUUCCUCCUAACAAGGAAGCUGUUGAUACGAACACACUCCUCCACUACACUAAUGUAUUUGAUGCCGUUGUUGAUGCAGCAUAUUUUUCUAUGUCCUACUUGAACUUCACUAACAUUCCCAUUAUAGUGACCGAGUCAGGUUGGCCUUCCAAAGGUGACUCCUCGGAGCCAGAAGCCUCUCUUGACAAUGCUAACACAUAUAAUAGUAACUUGAUAAGGCAUGUUCUUAACAACACUGGGACCCCCAAACAUCCCGGCAUUGCAAUUAGUACGUAUAUUUAUGAGCUUUACAAUGAAGAUCUUAGACCUGAUUCUAUUUCGGAGAAGAACUGGGGACUCUUCGAUUCCAGUGGAAUGCCAGUUUAUACCAUGCACUUGACAGGAUCUGGAACGGUGUUAGCAAAUGACACUACAAACCGAACCUACUGUGUUGCAAAGGAAAAUGCGGAAAAGAAGAUGGUGCAAGCUGCAUUGGAUUGGGCUUGUGGACCUGGAAAAGUAGACUGUACUCCGUUGUUGCAAGGAAAUCCUUGUUAUGAACCAAAUACUGUGAUUGCUCAUGCAUCAUAUGCUUUUGAUGCAUAUUAUCGCAAGAUGGGCAUGGCUGAUGGAACAUGCAACUUCAAUGGGGUUGCUACAGUCAGUACGACUGAUCCUAGUAAUGGGUCCUGUAUAUAUCCAGGAAGUGGAGGGAGAAAUGGCACCUUCACAAAUAGCUCCUCGCAUGCUCCAUCAUCAGACUCAACGGCAUCUGGCUGUCAUUCACAGUAUUCCCAUGAUGUUCAUACUUUCUUGAGCUCUCUAAUUGUUGGUUUGGUACUCUGCACUGCAGCUUGCUUGUAGCAUAAUGUGGAUGGUGCUUUACGCAGCAUAUUUGCUGCAUUUAUGAAACCGUAGACACACUUUUACUCUAUAACCUAGCUCCCAAUUUUGUUCCUCCAAGGAGGGUUAAGGGUCGCAUGGUUUUCAGACGAAGCCGGUAACUUGCUUUGAGGUGAGUGCUCUGGAUUGGUUUAUACGUGCAAUCGAGGCAGAGAAAGUUUGUGGUGGUUGCUGUAAUUAUCUUAGGGUAGAAUCAUUAUUUUCUUUCUGAAGCUGAGUUCCUUUGUCUUGAAUGGGAUACACAAUGCUUUUGAGUAGAAUAUUCUUCGUCCGAUUCACAUACAGGCAAGAUUUUCUUGCCUUGAAUUAAGGUGUGUUCAAAUGCUGUUACUUAUCCAGAAAGAAAGGAAAAAAGCGUGGUUAAAUGCUU